CAGUCCGGAUGUAUCUGUACAUUGAAAUCAAAUCUAAGCCAAUAGACGUCUAUUAUUGGUUCAGAUAUGGUUCAGUCCAAGGCCAAAUGUCAAUGUAUUUUCAAUGUCGAAUGAACUUCGGCGCCGGACAGUGCUCACUGGGUGGGUUUGUUCUCGAGUUGAAGUCAGAUGAUACACGUUUUCAACUGUAACUGACGCAGAUUAUACACCGACAGUUCUCAUGAAAGGAAGCUGAAAAACAUGGGGGUAUGAUGGAAAACACGUUUUUGAGGAAGUGAAAACGAAAAGGGUGCGCAGAACAUCCGACAGUAUCAUCGGCGGCCCACCCCCCCUCCCCAUGUUAUUGAUGGCCAUCCAGCCUACACGGUAAAACGUCACCUGGAUGUUCGACCACGGGGCAGGGGUUUCCAGUGACUGGUUGACUGGGAGGGUUACGGCCCGGAGGAGAGGUGCUGGGUUGCCGCUAGAGAAAUCCUGGACAUCCUGGAGACAUCACCGACUUCCACUGCCGACACCCCGGUCAGCCAGAUUUGGUAUACAAUAAUCAUAAUAAACAACCGGAACAUCCAAGAACACGAAGAACUUAACCUCCAGUCUGCCAUUGACAUCGCAUAAAUAUUUGUUGGGCUCCCUAGUGGUGCCUUGGAACACAGGUGAUGGCUGAGCACAGCAGCAACCCUGCUUGGAGGGUCCAAGCUGGCUCCACCCUAGCCUCGCUCAGUGACAGGAUGACUCUGCCAGAGAGCACUACCGUUCUCUUUAAUCUGAGUUUCCCCAUGGAAUGGAAUCAGUCUGACUCCAGACCAGAGACACCUGACAAGGAGAAGAACUGGUCUGCUCUGCUCAUUUUGCUGGUCAUCUUCUUCACUGUGGCGGGCAACAUCCUGCUCAUCCUGGCUGUGUCUCUGGAGAGGAAGCUGCAGAAUGCCACCAGCUUCAUCCUGCGCUCCCUGGCUGUGGCAGACAUGCUCGUGGGCUUUCUCGUCAUGCCGGUCUCACUGAUUAACAUUCUCUAUGACUACCUGUGGCCCUUCCCCAGACCCCUUUGUCCCAUCUGGAUCUACCUAGACGUGCUGUUCUCCACAGCCUCCAUCAUGCACCUGUGUACCAUUUCACUGGACCGCUAUGUGGGCAUCUGUAACCCCAUCAAGCACAGCCGCUCCAACUCCCUCUCCAAGGCCAAGGCUAAGAUCGCCCUCGUCUGGAGCAUCUCCAUAGUGAUCUCCAUGCCCAUCCCUGUGAUUGGCCUGUAUGAUGAGGGGAAGGUGUUUGUCAAUGGGAUCUGUGUACUGAACGAGCACAGCUUCGUCCUGAUUGGCUCCUUCGUAGCCUUCUUCGUCCCUCUGGUCAUCAUGGUGGUCAGCUACUGUUUGACCGUGCGCAUGCUGCAGUGCCAAGCCUCUGAUUACCUGCACGGAGGCAUGGCGUCGAUCGGCCGGCCUACCUUACUCGGGAUCACCCCAAGGCUCCCCGCAGGGGACAGUCUUAGCCUCCUCAAACAGGACCCGAGUCCCGAGACCUUGCCAGCUGUUGCAGCCUCCAAUAUUUCCGUCUCUCAAGCCUCCUCGCAACCUGUCUCUCCAGCAGGGAGGCAGGAGCCAGGGGGACCUGGUGGGAAGCCUGGCGUGGCUCAAUCAAUCAAAAAUGAGAGGAGAGCCUCCAAGGUCCUGGGUGUGGUGUUUUUCCUCUUCCUGAUGAUGUGGUGUCCGUUCUUCAUCACCAAUGUGCUGAGCGUGUUGUGUGAGGACUCGAUAAUAAGCCUGUGCAAUAAGCCCGUGUUGGCAGUGCUCCUAAAUGUCUUCGUUUGGGUGGGAUAUGCCUCCUCUGGUGUCAACCCACUGGUCUACACUCUAUUCAACAGGACCUACAGACAGGCCUUCCACCGCUACCUACGGUGUAUCUACCACAGCCCGCCAGCCAAGAGCACCCCAGCCUACCCUGUCUUUCCUGUUUACACCACCACCCCUAUUCUCUGCGGGAAAGAUGCCAACCGUCUGUAACUGUAGCAGACACAAUGGGAAUAAUGGGGUGCGUUAAUGGACAUUAGAGAAGUUGGUCAGCGUGCCCCCCUCCCCCGCUGAGCACGUCAGCUGUGUCUGAACUAGCUAGCUGUCUCUCUCUCUCUCUCUCUACAUCCAAAACAGGGUGGUGACAAAGCCAUUGCUUCAUGUCACUGCUUGGAUUUCCCCCCCUCUCCACUCCCUGUUCGAACACAGGAGAUGUACUCAAUGUCUCCCUGCCCAAACACGUAAAUAUGAGAUAUGUAUUAGUCUACAAGGCUGCACAAUGUGACUGAAGACAUUUGAUACUUUAAUAUUUGCAUUACAUUUAGUGAGUAAUAAGCGCAUACUCAGUGUGGUGAAAUGUCCGUUAACUGCGCUGCUGUUGCUGUUUGCAUCUCUCAUUGACAGGGCUGUGAGAGGUCACGGAUGGCAUGACAGGGGAAACCACCUGAUGUAUCUCUCCAAUCAUAGAGCCACAGUGCCACCAUGUGGGAACAUAGAAUGCAGCACACAAGCGUUUCACUUCUUACUUCUUUUUCUGCCUGUCUGAUAGCUUCAAGUGGCCGUUGAAGGGGAAGCGUAUGUCCCAUUGGACACAGAUAUGUUUCCCUCCUCAUUCCCAGAGGACUGUUGCUAUUUUGGUACAUUUAUCCUGACAGAUGAAUAGGAUAUGAUCUGUGUCGUCUUCUUCCGCAGUUCUCAGAUGUACAAUAUUUGAAUCGGUAUUGUCUUCCAACUUCCAUCAUUAGUCUUGGGUAUAUGGUUGGUUUGCCCUUUACUAGAAACCAUGUUAUGCGUGCAGCAACAAGGACGUAAAACAUUUCAAAGGUCACCUCAUUAGCAUUAGAUAUCAAGAAUAAACCAUGUUGAAAUGCCCCUAUCCUUUCAACAGAAUACUUUUGCUUAAAGAUUGAACGGUACACAUUUGCUUUCAGCCUCUUAGAUACGGUGUAUUGCAAUACCAAGUAUCACCCUAUUGCCAAUAUAAAGAACUGUAUAGGUACAACUACAAGAGCCAUUGUUGAUCUACAUACAUAUUUAUGACUUUUGACUCUUUUGCAUUGUCAUUAGUGGGUGAGAUGUAGAGUGGAUGCAAGAGAAAGAAAGAAUGUUCAUCCAAGCUUCUGGUUAAUUCCGCACUGAGCUAUGAAUGAAUGAAUUCUUUCCACUUUAAUAGGCUGUACUACACAAACAAACACAAAGACACUCAACACAGGCACUUCUCACCCUGGACAAUAAGAGUCCCUUGUAUUCCCCUUUCCCACAGAUUCCACAGCAUAGCACACUAGUACUGCCCCCCACCCUGAUGCAUGGAACAUGCGAUUAUCACAUAACCUGGCCUGCAUAUUGGAUGAAGCCAUUUUGUCACAGCUACAGUAUGCCAUUAUAUUAUGCGUCUGCUCUUUGUUGUUUGACAGAUAAAGCAUGUAUGUCAUUUUGCCUAUUAAAUUGUUUUUUUCUUUCGGU